AACACGUGGUGUCGCGCGCGCGGGGGGGUUGUUUUGCUAUGGUCGGUGCCCUCCAUCUGUGUCGGUGGGACUGACCAAUCACGCGAAAGUAGGUUACUCUCGCGCGUGCGCAGCGGCAGCAGCGUAAUUUGUUGAUAUCCUUCAACCCAUUUGUUAUUUUUAACGACGAGGAUCCGUGUCGUGGGACUGGAAACGGCGGUGAGAGCUGAGUGGACUAGCCCUGGGCUGUAUGAGGGGCUGAUGGAAGACACACGGGACUUGGCUGAGCGAACACAACGUUCUGAGCGGAAGCGGAGAGACUCGUUUGGGAUGUUUGAUGGCUACGACAGCUGCAGCGAAGACUCCACCAGCAGCUCCAGCUCAGAGGAAAGUGAAGAUGAGGUGGUGCCCUCCAUCCCAGCCCUGCCCAUCAUCAAGAACAACGGGCAAGUCUACACCUACCCCGAUGGCAAAGCUGGAAUGGCCACCUGCGAGAUGUGUGGGAUGGUUGGAGUACGAGAUGCUUUCUACUCCAAAACUAAGCGCUUCUGCAGUGUGUCCUGCUCUCGGAGCUACUCGUCAAACUCUAAAAAGGCUAGCAUUUUGGCACGACUCCAGGGCAAGCCUCCAACAAAAAAGGCUAAAGUCCUACAGAAGCAGCCUCUCAUGGCUAAACUAGCAGCUUACGCCCAGUACCAAGCAAGUCAGCAGAACCUAGUCAAUUCCAAAGCUGUCGUCCUUGCAGAGAGCUUUGACUGGGGGAGGUACAUUAGUAGUGGCAACACCGUGGGAGCUCCGGUCAGCUGUUUCAAGCAUGCCCCCAUGGGGACAUGCUGGGGAGACAUAGAAGAAGGAGUGAGGAUUGAAGUGCCCAACUCAGACACCAACCUCUCCACCAAAGUGUACUGGAUAGCAGAGAUCAUAAAGCUAGCAGGGUUCAAGGCACUCCUGCGAUUCGAGGGCUUUGACAGCGAUGCCAGUAAAGACUUCUGGUGUAAUCUGUGUGUCCCUGAAGUUCACCCCGUGGGCUGGUGUGCUUCGAGCAACAAACCCCUGGUACCUCCUAAAAGUAUACAGCAUAAAUACUCCAACUGGAAAGCCUUUUUAGUGAAGCGUCUUACUGGAGCCAAAACACUGCCACAUGAUUUUAGCACAAAGGUCCAUGAGAACAUGCAGUUUCCAUUUAAGAAGCUGAUGCGGGUGGAGGUGGUGGACAAGAACUACUUGUGCCGGACUCGGGUGGCUCUGGUGGAGCAGGUGAUCGGAGGUCGCCUCCGACUGGUCUAUGAGGAGAACCAGGAUGGCUUGGAUGACUUCUGGUGCCACAUGUACAGCCCCCUCAUCCACAACAUAGGCUGGUCUCGAAGUAUCGGACAUCGCUUCAAGCGGUCAGACGCUACAAAGAAAUCUGAUGGUCAAGUUGAUGCUCCUGCUAAGUUCUUUCACAAGGUGAAAGACGUGGACCAGGCUGGGGACUGGUUUAAAGAUGGGAUGAAGUUAGAAGCCAUUGAUCCCCUGAACCUCUCAGCUAUUUGUGUAGCCACUGUGAAGAAGGUGCUGGCAGACGGGUUUCUCAUGAUUGGGAUUGAUGGCUCAGAGGCUGUGGAUGGGUCAGACUGGUUCUGCUACCACAGUACCUCCCCCUCCAUCUUUCCUGCUGGCUUCUGUGAAAUAAACAACAUAGAGCUCACUCCUCCCAAAGGAUACACUAAACUGCCAUUCAAAUGGUUUGACUACCUCAAAGAGUUGGGAUCAGUAGCUGCUCCUGUUAAACUGUUUAACAAGGAGGUUCCUAAUCAUGGUUUCAAGAUGGGCAUGAAGCUGGAGGCUGUGGAUCUGAUGGAGCCCCGACUGGUGUGUGUGGCCACCGUGACGAGGGUCGUGCACCGGCUACUGAGAAUCCACUUUGAUGGCUGGGAAGACGAGUAUGACCAGUGGGUGGACUGUGAGUCACCUGACCUUUACCCUGUGGGGUGGUGUCAGUUGACUGGCUAUCAGCUCCAACCACCAGCCUCACAAAGUAACAGAGACUUGUCCCAGGCUGUGCCCAAACAGAAAAAGAAGACCCCACAGUACAAAGGCCAAAAGAAAAAGAGGAAGAUUCCAGUUGGUCGACGGCCCUUCAGUCAGGCAGGCAGGAGGGGAAGCAGCUUCUCAGGAGACGAAGAGCAGAGUCCGCCCAGUUACCAGGGGUCCAGUAGGCCCCAAACGCACCUCCAUCACACCCACAAACCAGAGUUUCUCCUGCGUAUGAAGGAGGAGCCAGCCGAGGUGGACGAGUUCACCUUCUCACAGGGAACCUCCGACCAGGAGAGUAACAGCUCAGGCAGCUACUACGUCAAACAGGAACACUGAGGUCACGGCGCUGCAGGGACAUCUGCCAAGGAUCACCUGUGGUCUGGGUCCGGUCCAGAUCACAGCCACCAGUCUGGUUCCCCACCACUAGACCCGUAUCCGUGACAACGAGCCAGUUUUGAACUUUGUCUUGUUUCAGUGGAAACCAAGUUGUGUUGGAACCAGGUCUGGUUGCUAGGUCUUGAUCCUGAAUCGUCUUCUGGUCUUCGUGUCCUGUUGUCCUCAUUCCAUAAUGUAAACGAGUACCAGAGGGGUUCUAUUGGUGCUAGAGCUGGGCUCGGUCCAGAUCCACCCACAAUCUGUCCUUGUUGCUAGCAGGACUCUCGUCCACCCGAGGAACAAACCCACAACCUGCUUCUGUGGAUCGGAUUUGGAGACGGAGCCACGAGUCCUCCUGGUGACACACCGGGACCUUUAUCGGUAGAGUUGAGCGGUGAGACCCCAAGCACCGCUACCAUGCAGCCAUGUCCCUCCACUGUCCAGUGGAGACAGCUCUUCAGUGGGUGGACUAACCGGUUUGGUGUGCUGGUACUGGUUCUGGUUUCCUACUACCUCCUGAUGCUUAGACCAUUGAGUGAAACCAGAACUUAUGCAAUAACAGAUCCUUUUAUUUAGCUAAUCGAUGCAACCAGAAGUGGUUCUAACUGUGAAUAUCUACCGUGUAUAUGUCUAUAGAGCCCGCUUCAGACUCAGCGACGCGUUUGUUUCCGUUCCGCCUAAAAGAACAGCGUUUAUAAAGUCUUUAUUCAAAUUCCAGAGAGCAUCUUUAUUAUUCUAAGAGUCCUUUAGAAGACGACAGAUGAGAGACACUCGUAUUUAUCAUCGACCUGCUGUUAUUUUUCUACUCGGACCACCUGACCUGUGUAACCUGGACUAACGCUUGUCCCUGGUUCUUUAAGAGAGGAUUUAUUCUAGAAGCGUUAGAUCUGUUUAUUACUCAGCGGGUUAGUGGGACCAUUCUGAACCUACGUUCAGUGGCUCUGGGGUUGGACCUCUGGUUGGUUCCUGAGCAAUAAAGAACCUCCAGGUUCCACUUAUGGUUUUAAUUUGAAAGUAAUCGAGUACAACCCAUCUAUUUUUGAUGUUGUGUAAGCUGACCUUUAACCCCAGUGUGACCCUUGUUCUGAUCCUGUACAUAUCCAAGUGUUGUAGAACGCUGACUAAACUCUUUCCUGGCGCUGAAGGCCAGACUUGCGGUCUUCCUGGCCCUGACGAGCACACUGGACGACUUUUGUACGUGACGUUGAACCUGAUGUGAUGUCAGCCUGCACAUUAUGAAUGCACACACACACACACACACACAUGUCGGGUAUAUAUCUGGAGUUCUGCGGGUCCUAAUGUAAAAGUUUAUUUUGGAUACAAAUGGAAUCAAAUGAGUUAAUAAUUUAAACGUAUUGAUUUGAUAAUUUAAACAACGUAUUGAUUUGAACACUGGCCUUCAGGUACUGCAGCUCCAGGUGUGACGUUGGUGUUGUGGUGGACGUUGUAAAUAUCUGCAGAUGUUUGGGUCUUCGUAAUGAAUUAAUCAACAGCUCUAGUGUUUACAGACUGUUUCAGCAUGGCUCUGAUCUUUUCAUUUGGUGGCUUUUGUAUCUCUUGGUUUUACAUUAAAAUCUUUGAAUCUUU